AUGAUCCUGAAUUCGCCAAGUCUCGCUAGAGCGUGCUGCAGUGCUUCUUGCAGUAGCCUACGCGCCGGCGCCAGAGAGAGAUUAAUAUCUGCAGUAUCGACAUCGACAUCGGUCCCGGCCCGGCGAUUACGAUUCUUCCAUUCGACGCAUCUGCGCGCUUCAAAUCCGGCUUCUCCCUCGCGAAUUAAUUACAAUGUUGCGGUCUCGUCGUCCGGGAAAGGUCAUCGUUUUCAUCCCAUUCGAAAUGCAUACAAUUUCGACCCCGCUGUGCAGGAUAGUCUGGGCUUGACAACUGAGAAGAGCCCCUAUCAGAGACGGAAAAGACGUCCGGAUAGCGGCGCAGACGCCUUCUUCGUCAGCAAGAUCGGCCAAGCCCAACAAGCCGAGAAAAACACAAAUGGCGCAUUGGCUUUCGCCGUGGCAGACGGCGUAGGCGGCUGGGAAGAACACCGCGUCGACCCAGGCGACUUCUCCCACGGCCUAUGCGGGUACAUGGCCGAAUCAGCACUCUCAUGGACCUCCCCAGCAGAGAAGCUGCGCCCCAGACAGAUCUUGGAAAUGGGCUAUGACCGGGUCAUCGACGACAAAACCAUCCCCGCCGGCGCCAGCACCGCCCACGUCGGGGUAGCCCUCCCCGACGGCCGCAUCGAGCUAGCCAACCUAGGCGACUCAGGCUCAGUCCUCCUUCGCCGCGCCGCGGUCCACCACUACACACCCUCCCAAACCCAUGGCUUCAACACACCCUACCAACUCAGCGUUAUCCCGCAGCGCAUGCGUGCCCAGGCAGCCAUCUUCGGCGGCGCAUAUCUUCAAGAUACCCCGCGCGACGCAGCAAUCACAAACCUGCACAUGCAACAUGGCGACGUCCUCAUGCUCGCCACAGAUGGCGUCUUCGAUAACCUCAACAACCAAGACAUCCUAAAAAUCAUCAACCGCCAGAUGAUCCUCGCAGGCGCAUGGACGGGCUCCGCUCCGGACUACAGCAUCAAGGUCUCCGACGACCUCGAGCAGCUUACGAAACGGGGCGGAUUAACGCACCUCCUCCCAGCUGGCGCAGAGGGCGAGGACGAGCGCCCUGCGAUGGAACCGUAUACGCUGUCUUCAUUCCUGGCUGCUAGUAUCGCGGGGAAUGCGAAGGUCGCUAGUGUUGACCGGAGGCGGGAUGGGCCGUUUGCGAAGGAGUACCAGCGGUAUUAUCCGUAUGAUCAUUAUCGCGGCGGCAAGGUCGAUGAUAUUUGUGUUUUGGUUGUUGUUGCUGUUGAGGAGGGGCGGCAGCAGCAGCAGCAUGCUGAUUCCUAG